UUUACGUCAAACUGGAAGGAUUGCGACUCGAUGUGGCCUAACUAUAUCCGGGGAAAGUACUUCGCUGCUGGAAACACCACAACCAACAGGAUCGAAUCGAAUUGGAACCAAGUGAAGCUGCUUCUCGGCAAACGACCUCGUCUGGAUGUGACUAUUAGCGGUCUGUUAGCGCACCAGGGGACUAUUAUUCGCUAA